GAGUUACACGCUACGGCGGUGGUGAAAGCAAGCAAACAUGAUUUUGCUAGUGAAAAAAUUAUUGCUGAUGUGGGUGGUGGUCGGUGCAGUGGUACCAAAUAAUAGCGUUGUGAAGCCAAUCGUCUCUCGCAUUGGUAGCGGCCAUGGUAGUGACUCUGAAAGAGCAGUACCAAAUAUAAUCGAGAACGCGAGCGAAUGGAGUUGUGUGCUUCUGUUCCUCGGUGACCGUUUAGGUUCACAGGAUUUCCCAUUUAAGGAGAUAUGGAAUAUAGGCCAACGGCGGCUCGGAGUAGCGGUAUUUGAAGUGGGGACUGAAGAAAUUAACAUGAACAUGACGCACCGCCUCUCAAGGUUACUACCUUUGGCUCGCCGGGUCCGUCGGUUGGCUUCGUGCACGAUGGUUGUGGCUGUGAGUCACGAUCCCGUCUUCCUUGCCGCCCUUGCCGAGUGGUCUUUGAGUAGCCGAUUAUUGGUGUGGACCACAAAGAUGGUGGUGGUGACACGCUUGACGUUCCUACAGCUCCGUUCUCUUCUGCCUACCCACUGGACCUUCUCCAUGAUGAAUGUGGUCUUCCUAACACUGAAGGACCAAGGACCAAAUAUCAGUGUGUACUGCUACCUUCCAUACGGUGAGCAUGGGGAACGAAUCGUGGAAGUAGCCUCUCCAACCAAAGCAAUCGGUUCCCACCCUGUUGACAUAUUUUCAGCAAAACGCUUCAGCAAAUUUUACGGAGCAGUGUUGAACGUGACGCCCUUGCCCUUCAUGCCGUUUUGGGGAGAAGUGGAGGUUCAAACACCGGAUGGGACCUCUGUCACGAAGUACGAGGGAUCAGAUUACCAGAUGCUAUUGGCCGUCGCUUCUGCGCUUAAUUUUACCUUCCGUGUCCUGCCCAGUAACUCUUGGGCAGAGGCAACGAUACAGGUACAGGAACGUGUAUCGUUCCUCUGUCCUGUCUACCAUAUUAUGAUGUCUGUACGAGCGGAGAAAUACGACUUCACCUAUACAUAUGAAUACGCAUACUUUUCGUUCGCUAUGGCCAAGCCUGAACAGGAGCCGCGAUGGCGGAGUUUGUACUAUCCACUAGCCUACGAGGUGUGGCUGGCUGUGAUGGGCUCGCUACUCUUUGUUCCAGUUACAUAUAUGAUGAUAAUUCGGAUUCAGCAGCUCACUAGGAGAGGCAUCGGGGCGGUGUUCCAGGACAUGACGGGGAUUCUUCUAGGUCAGAAUCUUCCUCACCAGCUUCCAAACUCCUCCGCCAGCAGGGUCAUGGUUGCCGCUUGGUUGGCAUUCGCCCUCAUAUUUGCCACGGCUUACCGGGGCAACCUGACAGCCUAUCUCACCCUUCCCAAGUAUCCUUCUCGCCCUGAAACCCUCCCGCAGCUCGUGGACGUCGUGAAGAGAGUGACCAUUCCUCAGUAUGGUUCAUCAUUCCUUGAUUUCUACAGCCAGUCAGACUCUCCGGUCUUCAAAAAGCUGGCCUCGCUGUUGACUGUGGGUACUUCAGUGAUGCAGGGGCUUCAGGAAGCCAUCGAUAAUAAGCAAGCGCACCUGGGAGGUCGGAGAUAUCUUCAACAAGUGAUUGCAGAAAGUUUCACAAUGGGUGAUGGCAGCACUCGACUCUAUCUGGGAAAAGAAUCUGUUUUCCCGGGUCCUUCUGGGUGGCCUGUCCCUCACGACGCCCCGUACAAGGCAGCACUGGACCGCUGGAUUAUGGCUGCAAUCGAGGCCGGUCUGUACGAGAAGUGGGUGGCAGACACGAUAAUGGAAACGAAGGCAAGAAGUCAACGGAGGCAAAGAGAAAGUAGGAACCAAGAAGAAAAGAUCGAGGUGAUAGAAGAGAGUAGCGGUGCAAGCCCUGAAGCCCUUUCAUUACUACACUUACAGGGAGCCUUCGUAAUCCUUGGGCUGGGUACCCUCCUUGCUGCCGUCAUAAAUGGUUUAGAAUCUCUCCUGGUUCGUCUCAAGAAUCAUCUUUAGCUCAUUGGCCGAGCACCCCACUAAAGCAACCUUACUCGCAGACCAAAUCGUCAGAAAUGUAAAAUGCCAUGUUCGUAUACUUUUUGUUCUCCGUGCUGUAUAAAUUACAAUCGUACUUUCCCAAUGCUCUGGUUUAUUUGUAUAUAAUUUGUCUGCCUAUACUGAAGAUGUGUAAUUCCUUUUAAAUAAAUACUUCUUGCCAGUGUGUUCCA